AUGGCUCAAGCCGAUAGUCCCGGGCCAAUUGAGACCAGACUCUUCAUCAACAAUGAGUUCCAACCAGGUGCCGAUGGAAAGGUUUUCAACUUGAUCAAUCCGUAUACGCAGGAGAUCGUCCCACAAGUCCACGAAGCCGGAGAGCAAGAUGUGAACAAGGCCGUCGCAGCGGCCAAAGCCGCGUUUCCUACCUGGCGAGACCUUUCUCCGGCUGAAAGAGGCGUUCAUCUGCGUAAAAUGGCAGAGUUGAUUCGGGAAUCGCAGCCUGAGCUGGCUCGCUUAGAAUCUAUAUCGACGGGAAAGCCCGUAUCGAGCUACUUCGAUGCAAAAAUAGCCGAGGGUUAUUUCUCUUAUUUCGCUGAAGCCGGGUGGAACGUCCAAGGUUCUUCCAGCUUAAACACUCCUGGCAAUCUCAACCUCACCGUGAAGCAGCACUACGGUGUGGUAGCAUGUAUCAUUCCGUGGAAUAUCCCAAUAGGAUUUUUUGCCUUAAAGCUUGCCCCAGCGCUGGCAGCUGGUAACACAGUGGUUUUGAAAAGCAGCGAAAAAGCACCGCUGACUUCGGCCUUCGCAGCCAAACUGGCCGUAAAGGCCGGUUUCCCUCCAGGCGUGAUCAAUGUGAUAUCCGGCUUCGGGUCCCCAGCCGGGAGCACGCUGGCAUCCCACAUGGAUGUGCGUUGCCUCAGCUUCACGGGGUCGACGCGCACCGGCCAGAAAAUCCAGGCCGCGGCAGCCAUGUCCAACAUGAAGACCGUCCACUUGGAACUAGGUGGCAAAUCUCCCGCCAUCGUAUUCGAGGACGCAGACCUGGAAAGCGCGGCUCAGCAGACCCAAUUCAGCAUCCAACUUAUGAGCGGGCAGUCUUGCAUGGCGAACUCGCGCAUCUAUGUCCAGGAGUCUGUCGCCGAGAAAUUCCGAACGCUCUUCAAGGAGAACUUCAGCGCUGCCGCAAACCUCGGAAAUCCCCUGGAUCCGAGCAUAUCCCAUGGACCGCAGGUGGACAAGAUCCAAUAUGAUCGAGUGAAGACUUUCCUUGCCGUUGGAGAGAAGGACGGUAAGCUCACUAUGGGUGGAGACGGUAGAGAUGGCCUCUUCAUCAAGCCAACCGUCUUUGAAAAUGAUUCGCAGAUCAUGAAAGAGGAGAUAUUCGGCCCUGUUGUGGUGAUAAAUACGUUCUCAACGGAGGCAGAGGCCAUCGAAAAGGCUAGUAAUAUAGAAUUCGGCCUGUAUGUUUCCGUCUUCACCAGGAAUCUCGAUCGUGCCGUGCGCUUUUCUAAGUUGCUUGAGGCCGGUACCUUUGGUAUCAACUGCACGAGCCCCAGCAUCGCUAAUGAUAUGCCGUUUGGAGGCUUUAAGAUGAGUGGCCUUGGUCGGGAAGGGUUUAUGCAUGGUUUGUACAGUUAUCUCGAGACGAAGACCAUAUUGAUCAAGAUGGGCGCAUGACGAACUCAUAGGGUGUGUAAUUUGGGCCGCAGUUACCAAGAAGCUUUAGUAUCUUGGGGAAAAGGUUAUAUGUACAUAGCCUCAAUGGAGAAAUUUGAGGAUCAUCAACCCCCGGUAGUCGGUAACUGAGAAUGAGACUGGCGUAGCCGAAUGGCCA